CAUCCUAUGCUACCACCCCUGCAGGGAUAGAGAUGGCAGACUGCAUUUUUGAUGAGCAAGGCUUUUGGGUCCCUUGUGAUGAGAUAGUGAAGUUUGUUAAGCCCUUGGUGGUUUUGUUGCGAGUUGCGGAUGGAGAUAAGCCCACAAUGGGCUAUAUAUAUGAGGGCAUGGAUAGGGCGAAGGAGGCCAUCAGAUUCGUCUAUGGAGCAGAUGAGAGCAAGUAUGGUCCCAUUUGGGAGAUCAUUGAUAGGAGAUGGCAUCAUCAGCUUCAUAGGCCCAUCCAUGCGGCAGCCUAUUAUCUGAAUCCGGCAUUCCGUUUUAUCCCUUCUUUCAAGGCUGAUGUGGAGGUCCUUAAUGGGCUAUAUGCAACCGUGGAGAAGAUGUGACCUGCUGGUACUUCUCAAAUAGACCUUUUUCGAGAGCUACAGAUGUUCUCAGAUGCACAAGGGGAGACCUUCUCUCGUCCUGUCGCCAAAGACGGUAGGACAACUAUGAUGCCAGGUAAAAAUAAAUUGUUAGGCUUAAUUUUAGUUUUAUUCAAUACUAUAUUGUAACUUGUUAAAUGAGUUCAUGAGUGAGACUGAUUUUAUUUAUUUUUCUCAUUUCAAACUCAGAUCAUUGGUGGAACUUUUUUGGCCUAGACACACCAAAUAUUCAGAAGUUGGCCAUUCACAUCUUGAGCCAACCAUGCAGCGCAUCAGGUUGUGAGCGCAAUUGGAGUAUGUUUGAGCACAUACACUCCAAGAGGCCCAAUAGAUUA